AUGUAUCCAGCCCUCUCUUCAAAUGGCUCGAAGUUGAUGUCUCAAAGCUGUGAUAAAUUAAAGGAACCAGGAGGAUUUCUAGACCAAACCUCAAAUCUCACUUUAUCUCUGUUCAUAGACGGCAUUCCACUGUUCACAAGUUCUGCUGUUUCACUGUGGCCAGUGUACCUCUUAAUAAAUGAAAUUCCUCCAAAGGAACGAUUCAGGAAGAAGAACAUGCUCCCUUGGGGUGUAUGGCAGGGCACUGGUAAACCGAAAAUGAACAUGUUUUUGCGACCUCUUGUGAUGGAUCUGUUGAACAUGUACACAAAUGGAGUGACAUUUCACAUAGUUUCACAUGAGCUGGAAGUUACUGAAAUCAAAACAAAGGCCAUGCUGAUUAUUGUUACCAUGGAUUUACAAGCCAGAGCCCAUGUUUGCGCCAUGACACAGCAUACUGGAUUAAAUGGUUGUCUUUACUGCAUGGAGCCAGGAGAGGUAGUGCCCAGUGGUAAAGCACAUUGCAGAGCAUACCCAAGUAGAGAUCAACCACCUGUUAUUCGCACAGAUGAGGUUGCAAGGGCAAGUGCAGUUGUUGCCCGUGAGACUAGUUCCAGGACUCAGGGAUUUCUUAGAGAAAGUGUUCUGUGGUACUUGCCAUAUUUUUCUUUGACUACUAAUGUGGGGAUUGAUUACAAGCAUGGGAUUUUGCUAGGAGUCACCAAAAGAAUGUUAAGUUUUUGGUUCAAUUCAAAAUAUUCUUCAAAACCAUAUUUCAUUGGCUCAAAGGUCACAGAUAUUGACAAGAUUCUGAGAAAUAUCAAACCUCCAUAUAUGAUCCAUCGUCUCCCAAGAACAUUGUCCAACAACUAUCAUCAUUGGAAAGCAUCAGAACUCCGAAACUGGCUACUAUUUUACUCGCUGCCUUGCCUUAAUGGUCAUCUACCACAGAUUUACAACACACAUUUCAGUUGCUUGGUUGAAGGAACUUACCUACUGCUGACAGAGGGCAUAUCUUCAGAUGAUCUGACAAGAGCUGAUGCACUUCUCCGAACAUUCGUCUCUAAUAUUCAGAGAUUAUAUGGCAAAGAAUGCAUGAGUCUAAAUGUGCACAACCUUACGCACUUGAUGCCAUUUGUAAAGCUGUGGGGUCCUUUGUGGGUAUGGUCAUGUUUUCCGUACGAGUCUUUCAAUGGUGAAAUCAAGAGGUCAAUCCACGACACUGGAAAUGUUUGCAAACAGAUCAUUUGGUCACUUCAAGCACAGAAACGCAUAGAAUCCAGUCUUCGAUCAAGGAAAUUUGAUAGUUCCAAUGAAGUGAACUGCUUUUUACAGGAUAUGUUAGAUACACGUUCAGAAAGAUUUUCAGCAGACUCUGAAGCAUUCCAGUGCUCCAUCAUCAAAAGCUCAACUUCAUCACUUGCCUUGACUCCUGAGGAUUUAAACAAUCAAAAAUCUCUUGUUGGUACCAACAAGAAGGAAGAUUUCAUUAAUGUGACCAAAAUAGCUCGCAAUGGGUUUCAGAUGUACUGUAAAAGUUUGUGUAAAAUGAAAAAACAAAACUCCUACACCAUCAAGCUUGAGAAACUGUUGAAAACAAAUGACGGAAAAGAUGCAGAUGCUGUUGAAGUUGAGAGCUAUGUUAUGGAAAAAAAGACCAGAAAGGUGUUUGCCUUUGGCAAGCUGUUAAUAUCAUCAGGAUCUAUAUUACCGGGAAGAGUUCCUUUCUUGCAAAAGUUGGAGUUUGAUGGGAAUGAACGAGUUGUUAUUCCAGCAGAGACAUUAAGAGAGCGCAUGAUGAUUGUGCCGGUUAAAACCAGUCUGUUUGGUGCUAUUCUUCCUAACAAUGUGGAAAGAGAUUGA